CCGUCAGUGAAGCAGAGAACCGACACAGAUCUGUAAACAGGACCUUCCACGUUAGAUUGAAGCAUCUUUGAAUGAAUAUCUGCUUCUCCAAGCUCCAACUUUUGAUUUAAAGUUUUAUUUCCCAGGAGUCGUCAUGGGCGAGGUGGAGCUCUCCUGUCGGGCUUACGUGAAGAUGUACCUGCACGCCUGUCUGUUCCCCCGGUGCAGCAUCAACGGCCUGCUGCUGUCGUCGAGCCCGGCAGGGGGCGCUGUCUGCGUGACGGACUGCGUUCCGCUGCUGCACUCUCACCUGCCACUGGCUCCCAUCACCCAGCUGGCCCUCACACAGGUGGAUGUGUGGUGCUCACAGACUCAGCAGAGGAUUGUGGGAUACUACCAAGCCAACUCUUGUGCGUCAGAUAACAGCCCGACCCCGUGUGCGCUGAAGAUCGCCGAUAAGAUCGCCGAGCAGUUUGACAACGCCGUUUUGUUGAUGCUGGACGGCAGUAAGAUGUCUCCGGACUAUCGGGUUCCUCCCAUCGUCAUGUACGAGCGCAAAGACUCCAGGUGGAUCCUCAAAGACAAACACACGAUCAUGCUGCGGCAGUGGGAGGAGACCCGGGCCAUCGCCUCCCAGAUGCUGGAGUCGGGUGAUCACUCGCUGCUGGUGGACUUCGACAGCCACUUGGACGACAUCACACAGGACUGGACCAAUCAGAAACUCAACACCAAGAUCUCGGAGCUCGCCUCGCCGGCCAACGGGAACAUCUAAGACUGAGAGGCGGCGCCCGAGUUUAACCGCCCUGCUCAAACACAACC